GUGGGGGGGAUUUAUUUAUUUUAGAGGAGUGUUUGUGCGUGUUCAUCCCCGCCGCUCUGCACCUCUCGGUCGAUGGUCGUUGAGGAAGCUUCCAUCUUAAGUCCCGUAAAUACCAAGAGAACCAUGGCGAGCGACUCCCCUGCGCGGAGUCUGGAUGAGAUAGACCUGUCUGCACUACGGGACCCAGCUGGUAUCUUUGAGCUGGUUGAACUGGUUGGAAAUGGCACCUAUGGGCAGGUCUACAAGGGUCGCCAUGUCAAAACAGGCCAGCUUGCUGCUAUUAAGGUCAUGGAUGUCACAGGAGACGAGGAGGAGGAGAUUAAAGCAGAGAUCAACAUGUUAAAGAAGUACAGCCACCACAGGAACAUCGCAACCUAUUAUGGAGCCUUCAUCAAGAAAAACCCUCCUGGAAUGGAUGACCAGCUGUGGCUGGUGAUGGAGUUCUGUGGGGCCGGCUCGGUCACAGACCUGAUCAAAAACACCAAAGGAAACUCUCUGAAGGAGGAGUGGAUCGCCUACGUCUGCAGAGAGAUCCUCAGGGGUUUGACCCAUCUCCACCAGCACAAGGUCAUCCACAGAGAUAUCAAGGGCCAGAAUGUGUUGCUGACAGAGAAUGCAGAGGUUAAACUAGUGGACUUUGGUGUGAGCGCUCAGCUGGAUCGUACUGUGGGGCGCAGAAACACAUUUAUCGGGACGCCAUACUGGAUGGCUCCGGAGGUCAUCGCGUGUGAUGAGAACCCCGACGCCACAUAUGACUUCAAGAGUGAUCUGUGGUCGCUCGGUAUCACAGCCAUAGAGAUGGCAGAGGGAGCACCACCUCUGUGUGACAUGCACCCAAUGAGAGCGCUCUUCCUCAUCCCCAGAAACCCUGCUCCCAGACUCAAGUCAAAGAAGUGGUCGAAGAAGUUCCAGUCGUUCAUAGAAAGCUGUCUGGUGAAGAGCCACAGUCAGAGGCCGAGCACCGAGCAGCUCCUCAAACACCCGUUCAUCAGGGACCUUCCCAACGAGCGGCAGGUCCGCAUCCAGCUGAAGGACCACAUUGAUCGCACCAAGAAGAGGAGGGGGGAGAGGGAUGAGACAGAAUACGAGUACAGUGGGAGCGAGGAGGAGGAUGAAGAGAGGGACAUUGGAGAGCCCAGUUCCAUCAUUAACAUUCCCGGGGAGUCCACCCUGAGACGGGAUUUCUUGCGCCUCCAACUGGCCAAUAAGGAGCGGUCGGAGCUGAUCCGGCGUCAGCAGCUGGAGCAACAACAGAACGAGAAACAUAAGUGUCAUCUACUGGCUGAAAGACAGAAACGUAUCGAGGAGCAGAAAGAACAGAGGCGACGCCUGGAGGAGCAACAGCGUCGGGAGCGAGAGAUGAGGAAGCAGCAGGAGCGUGAACAGAGGAGGAGGUAUGAAGAGAUGGAGCAGCUCCGCCGAGAGGAAGAGAGGAGGCACGCAGAGAGAGAACAGGAGUAUAUCCGUAGACAGCUGGAGGAGGAACAGAGGCAGUUGGAGAUCCUGCAGCAGCAGCUCCUGCAGGAGCAGGCCUUACUGCUGGAGUACAAGAGGAAGCAGAUAGAGGAGCAGCGGCAGGCUGAGCGGCUGCAGAGGCAGCUGCAGCAGGAGCGAGCGUACCUGGUGUCACUGCAGCAGCAGCAGCAGGAGCCGCCACGACCACCACAGGACAAGAAGCAGCUGUACCAUUACAAAGACCAGGCGCCUGGCAGCAACGACAAGCCCGCCUGGGCCAAAGAGGUGAUGCGUCGAGCUCAGAGCAACUCACCUCGUAUCCCUCCCAAGAAAUAUCAUUCCUUCAAGGAGACCCGAGAUAUCAACCUUGACAACCUCCUCUUACUCCCUGGUUACAAACCUCGUCGUCCCCGCCCCCCUUCUUACCCCGCCCAUGUCAGUCCCUCCAGGGAUCAUCUCCACGUGCCCCGAAUCCGUGUCACCUGUGUCCCUGACCCCACCCCCAACUCUUCUUGGUCAGUGAUCCGCCAGCAUAGCCCCAGCAGGAGCCCUGACUCCAGGGGCCGGAGCCCCAGCCGCCGGGUGGAGGAACAUUAUAAGAUGAACAGACAGACUUCUCCUGCAUUGCAGCAUAAAGUCUCCAACCGGAUCUCGGACCCGUCGCUGCCGCCCCGCUCUGAGUCCUUUAGCAGCGGAGGCAUUCAGCAGGCCCGGACCCCGCCGAUGCAUCGCUCCGUCGAGCCACAGAUGGCCCACCUGGUGCAGGUGAAGAGUCACGGUCUGUCAGGUUCCCAGUCUCUGUACGACCCCCAUGGCGUGUCCUCCUCCUCGGCGUCACCCUCCCCAUCCCGGCCUCCCAUGCCCCGGCAGAACUCCGACCCCACUUCCGACACCCCUCCUCCCCCGCCCCUUUCCCGCCUGGCGCCCCCCCUCGACAAGUUGGACCGUAGCUCCUGGCUGCGGCAGGACGACGACAUGCCCCCCAAGGUUCCUCAAAGGACGACUUCCAUCUCUCCUGCUUUGGUCAGGAAGCACUCUCCUGGAAAUGGACCUGGCCUGGGACCUCGGGCUGGAGCUCAUCUCAUACGAGCCAGCAACCCUGACCUGCGAAGGACUGACGUUUCCAUGGAGACACCCCUGAAGAGGACCAGCAGUGGUAGCUCUUCCAGUUCCAGCACCCCGAGCUCCCAGGGAGGCUCCAACGAACGAGGUAACUCAGCCAUUAAGACUGAAGGCUCAACACUUUCUUCCCACGAGACCAAAGAUGACAGCAGAGAGGUGACGCGACCGAGCAGGCCUGCAAGCUAUAAGAAAGCUGUAGACGAGGACCUGACAGCUCUGGCCAAAGAGCUGAGAGAGCUGCGGCAGGGCGAGGAAACCAGCCGCCCGCCUGUCAAAGUGACGGACUACUCUUCUUCCAGUGAGGAGUCUCACAGCAGUGAGGAUGAGGAGGGAGAGGGCGGGGCUAAUGACGGAACAGUGGCUGUCAGUGAUAUACCACGCAUUAUGCCAGUAGCAAGUCAAGGUACCAACGAGUCCUUUGGCGUGAUGGGAGGUCACAACGACACUCAUGAUGACUCGUAUGGAAAUAGCUCCCAGGACAGCACCCUGAUGAUGGUUGAGUACGGGAUGGGAAGUGGCGGAGGCUCCAAGGCUUCCUUCACGCCAUUCGUUGAUCCAAGGGUGUACGGGACCUCGCCGACUGACGAUGAUGAUAAACUCUCUGCCUCAGCCUUGUUAGCUGAUGAGCUGCUGAAGCAGGAGCAGGAGCAGGCGAGGCUCAAUGAGGCCAGGAAGAUCUCGGUGGUCAAUGUCAACCCAACCAACAUCAGACCACACAGCGACACACCCGAGAUACGUAAAUACAAGAAGCGCUUCAACUCUGAGAUCCUGUGUGCUGCUCUGUGGGGAGUUAAUCUGCUGGUGGGCACAGAAAACGGCCUGAUGCUGCUGGAUCGAAGCGGUCAAGGCAAAGUUUACAAUCUGAUCAAUCGACGGCGCUUCCAACAGAUGGACGUCCUUGAAGGACUCAACGUCCUGGUCACCAUCUCAGGGAAGAAGAACAAGUUGCGUGUUUACUACCUGUCCUGGUUGAGGAACAGGAUAUUACACAACGACCCAGAAGUGGAAAAGAAACAGGGUUGGAUCACAGUUGGGGAGCUGGAGGGCUGCGUACACUAUAAAGUCGUGAAGUAUGAGAGGAUUAAGUUUUUGGUGAUCGCUCUGAAGAACUCAGUGGAGAUCUACGCCUGGGCACCUAAACCUUACCACAAGUUUAUGGCCUUCAAGUCGUUCACUGACCUGCAGCAUCGCCCCCAGCUGGUUGACCUGACUGUAGAAGAAGGACAGAGGUUGAAAGUCAUCUACGGCUCCAGUGUUGGCUUCCAUGUCAUUGAUGUGGACUCUGGCAACCCUUACGACAUCUACAUCCCCUCACAUAUUCAGGGUCAGGUGACCCCGCACGCCAUCGUGGUUCUGCCCAAGACGGACGGCAUGGAGAUGCUGCUGUGCUACGAGGACGAGGGCGUCUACGUCAACACCUAUGGACGCAUCACCAAAGACGUGGUGCUGCAGUGGGGCGAGAUGCCCACCUCCGUCGCCUAUAUCCACUCCAACCAGAUCAUGGGCUGGGGAGAGAAGGCCAUUGAGAUCCGCUCCGUGGAGACGGGACACCUCGACGGAGUUUUCAUGCACAAGCGAGCUCAGCGACUGAAGUUCCUGUCCGAGAGGAACGACAAGGUGUUCUUUGCCUCAGUGCGUUCUGGAGGCAGCAGUCAAGUCUUCUUCAUGACCCUCAAUAGAAGCUCCAUGAUGAACUGGUAACACUUCUCCUUCGGCCCACAACCCUCCUCUUCACUCAUCGCACGACAUCAGGAGAGAGGGACUAAGGGAUGACCGGAGAACAGUGUGUGUGUGUGUGUAUACAAUCUGUGUGUGUGUGUUUGUGGAGGAAAACAUCGAGCUGCUGAACAAACAAUUGAGUGACUGGAGGACAAAUUAAACCACGGUAGUCCCCCAUAUAGAUACCCUCCAACUCUAGGGGGCGCUACAGGACCAUUGAUGGUGUCACUGCCUGCUGGGUGACUCCAGAUACUGAGGCUGGACGAUGCCUUCGCCUUCUUUGUGGACUGUUUGUAAAGGCUGGUGGUUGUUCUUGAAAGUUUUGGUGUGGACUCUAGAGGACACUCACAUCAUGCCGAGUAGCCUUUGACUUCCCUAUUUGAUUGAAUGGGGAGCUGUAGAGAAGUUCUCUGUGUAGCACAUUAAUGAUUUCUUACAGGGUGUUCACACUGUGAGUAUGAUUUGUCAUUCUACUCUGCUUGUUGAUGGUCAUGCAGGUGUUCUGACUGCCUUUAUUGCAACCAAUCAAAUACCUUUUACGGCGCAGUGUUGUAGUGAGUAGACGUUGCUGGCAGUUAAGGUAGCAUCAAUAGAAGAGGAAAACUUGAGCUUGACCCAACUAGUGGAUGUUGCAUUUGGUUGCAACAUGCUCAGCUUAAAUCUCUCAUUGUAAAGGUCACUCAGGGCUGAACCAAAAUCAUUUUUACAGGCAACUUCAUUUCACCACACUAAGCCGGCUAAAGUUUUUCUCAAACUGGCCUUGUGUGUCCACACCAGUCUUUUUGCAAGAAAGGUAAAUAAAUCAAGAAACUCAAGAAAACCAAAUAUUUCAAUGUGGAUAGGCAAGAAUGAGCUUUUGGAAAACAACAACAACAUAAGUCUGCCCUGACACAGGUCACAGACUGUUUAGGAGUAACGUUUAGAAGCAACACCUGAACAGAUGUGAUCCACAGUGUUGGUGUUUGAUGAUCACUGUAAAGAAGUCAAGUCAGGUCCUCUUUGUGAUGUCACGUCAAUCGUGAGCUCGAAAUACAACACAUGACGCAGAACACACAGGCAGGCCAUAGUGUGAUGCUUCAGAUCUCAACAUUACCUCAGCAUUACCUGAGAUGGGUGACGCAAAUCGAUUGCAUUGGUUUUCAUUUGCAAAACAGAGCCACAGCUCAGCAGACAGCUCUUCAUCACGCCAUCUGACAUUCCUCAAAAUGGGUAUCGCACAGCCUGACAGAUUGUGAUCAAGGCUUUAUUGGACUCAUCUCACACAGUGUGAAAUUCAGUGAACUUAGAAUAACGUUGUUAUUGCACAGUGUGUAGGUGCCUUAAAAAUAAAUUUUUCUAUCAUUCAAGCAUUCAAGUGUAAGUAGAGAUCUCUACAGAAACAACCCAAUGUGGACGCAGGCCUUUUUCACACAUUUCUAAAUUAGCCGUCUCAAGUGUGGACAAUCAAACUUUAACCGUGCAGAGCGAAAUGUUUAAUUCAAAUUAUAUGAUGAUUUUUGUUGUUGUUAUCAUGUAAAUCACCUCUGAUGAUGAUCAGACUGCUCAGUGGAAUCUCAACGAACGUCUUCUAGACUAACAUCUUGUAGCAAAACCUUAAGGGCGUCGUGUCUGUGCUGUCAGGUGUGAUGAUCAAGGGGCUACAUCAGAAUCUGUUCAGCUGUGGCACGUUGUUUCCCUGAUCAUUACUUUCUCUGAUGGUGUUACUCACAGUGUGAACACUCAUCUUGAGCGCUGCUGCUGCUGCAACACCCUCUAAGUCUGGUCCCCAUUAGGAGAGAAAAAAAAUACUACCAACAAGCACUUAGUGUGACUGGGGACGUGAGAGAUUUUACAGAUGCUGCACAGUCGGUUUCAGCUACUGUGGCUACUUUGUCUUGGUAUAUUUCUGGGAGAGGAAGUAAGGUUGUAGAUAUUGUACUAUUGCUGCAAUAGCAGCACAAUAACAGAAUCUUCACAUCGUUUCUCACAAGAAGACCUUGAUGUAGGGUAGUUGCCAGCUUCUGGAAGUUUUCUACUUUUGCUGCCCUUUGUUCUCUCCACCUUUUUCUGUCCCUGCUGUUCUAUGUACACUCCACCUGUGUAAAUACUCACUUUGAUGUUAAAGACAGACUUUGCAAAGCAGGUGAGAUCACUGAAGAAAAAAAAAUAAUGCUUUUUUUGUUAUAGCUCUGUAAAUCUAUCUGUUCUGUAGUUUCUCUCAGAUGGGAGGACAUUUUCUGAAAGAGACAAGCAAAGACUUACACAGUAAUUUGGUUUUGGUUAACAUUCCAUGUUUACUUUUUUUCUGCAUGGUCCAUCACUGUUCACUUGGUUGUGCAUUUUGGCACGGUGAGAUCCAUGUUAUGCCUGUUUUUCACAUGUUAUGAAUUUGAAGUUUAAGGCAAUACACGGACUAGUCUGACUGAAGAUGGAUAGCAAAGGUCAAACUUUCUACGUGAGCCCUAAAACAUUUUUCUCACAAUGCUGAGCUGUAAAUUGAAAAGAUUAACUUAGCUUAGCAUCUUACCUUUUGUCUUACUAGUAACAAUCAGAUAAAACACGACUGUACACUGGAUAAUCAUACAUUCGCCAUUAAAUUUAUAUUUUAGGCAUUUUGUUGAUGGUUACACCCACAGCAGCGUAGGAAGAGCAAGCAGGACAGGGCUCACUUUGGAUGACAUUUUGUAUUUUUUUUGGCGAGUUGACACUUCCUCUUUAAAGUUUGUGGGCUUGUGGUCAGGCUACAAGAGGAAAGUGGUUCAUCUUUUGUUUGAUAUUUCUUUUAUUGUUCAUUGAUUUUAAAAGAUGUGAUAUGUGUAAGCGAUGCUGCUUUAAAGGCUUUUACAUGUGCAGGAUGUUAGCAUUAAUCAACACCCUGUGAAUAAAGGUCACUAGGCAGGGUCAGUUGGAGAAACCAUAGAUAAAAAGAUAUAUAUACUGUAAGAAUUUUUCGUUAUGAUGAUAUCUUACCGAUCAUUUUAGAGAAAGACAUAAGAGACAUAAUGUUCACUUAUUAAAGCUUAGUUGUCUUUCUACAAAAUAGAGAACAUAGCUAUAAGAAUUUCUAAAAAAAAAUUACAAUGUUUUUAUUGUGGUAUUAUUUGUAUUUGUAUUUCAAUUUUUGUAUCAAGACUGUGAACGUAUGUACGGCUCUCUGCCUUUGAGUGUGUGCGUGCGUGUGUAUGUGUGUGUGUUUGAGUGUGUAGGUGAGCAGGUGUGUAAACAGGUGUGUGACAUGCAUGUUGAGUGUAUGUUUUCACCUUGUCUGAAUCACUGGAAUCAGUCAAAAGACGACCUCAAUCUAGUAACGCACAUCUGUGAUGUUGGAAAUUCUACAAUAAAUGUCCUCUCCUUGUACAGCAA